AUGACUGUCCCGCCUGACUGGUACUCACCAUACGAGGGCCCAGAGCUGUACCCAUCACCUCUGACACCUCCCCACUUCCUUGCCUUUCUCCGACCCCCGACCAACAAGCCGCCUCCCAACCCCGCACGUCCACCCCUGGCACCACCUCCGCCAGGGUGGACGAGGAGCUACCACGCCAUCCCCGCCGCAUUUCCACGCCAGCUACGUGAAAGUGCAGGGCCCUACGGACGCGGGUCGCAUCCUUACCGCCUGUCAGAGCCGCCAGCAAACGAGAGCAAGGAUUCGCGCAAGGUGCGGAUCGCGGAGGAGGGAUUUGAAUGCGCACGGAUACGGCAUUCUGCGACUGAGUGGUCGUUGGAAGAAGGUCGACAGGCCAAAGAUGGCGGACAGAAGGGGUUGUUUCUCUGCGUUGAACGAUGGCGUCGGGACGUACCCGGAGGAGGGAGGACGAUCGUCUGCACUCAUGCCUGUGGCAUGCAGAAGGAGCAGCACUGGCACCCGGUCUUCCACAACAUUCUCAACCGGGCAGGCACUGAGGAAACUGCCAUGUUCGGCACUGUUCGUUCAUUAUCCCAACAUGCAAUGGUCGAGGUGGACGACAUCUGGAUGCUCGACGACGUCCACCAUGGCGCCUCCCUCGACCUCAACGGGGGCCUUCUUGGCCCAACACAGAACUGGGACGACACCGGCCGUGACGCCCUCAAUUUCAUCCUCCAUGUCCUUCCCUCAGCGCAAGCCCAAGACCCAAACACUUUGGCAUGGGAGCUCCCUUGGGCUCCCGAGGGAGCGGCGCCAGCGGUGAAGGUGAUCGGGUUUGGCGGCUCGCUCGGCGGCUGUGCACAUAUUAUGGCAGCUCACACCCGCCCGGACGCGUACGAGGGCCUCUUCUUGUGUGAUCCCAUGGUACCACCACGCCUGGUGACUCCAGAGGUGUUCAAGGCGGAAGGCAUGAGUGGAGCCUACAGACGCGGCGCAGCAGCGCUCAAGCGACGGGAUACCUGGUUCAGCAGAGCAGUAGCUCGCGAGAGCAUGCUCUCGACUCCGUUUUACCAAACGUUCCACCCGGCCGUCUUUGACGUUACUGUCUCGCACGGUCUCGUUCCUGUUGACCCAGCCAAGCCUGCUGGCGAAGUGACUCUGGCCACGGCGCCGUGGUGCGAAACAGCCGUCUUCGUCGAGCCCAUCUCCCCCGCUAGAGCUUGGGACAUGUUGCCCAACCUCCGCGUGCCCAUUGGUUUCCUCAUGGCGCGGGAUCCUGAGCGCACGCUUGGGGAGGAGACAACCCACGAACUCGUGUGGCGUCCGCCCCUCGCUCGCAAUGAGCGCGCCAUUGACGCCGACCACUUGAUUCUGCAGCAGAAUCCGGUAAUGACAGCCGAGUCGGCGUGGCGUUUCCUUGCGACACUGUCUGCAGGAGAGUGGGGUCGCUCACCAGAGGAGAUUCGUGCUACGUACAAGCCAGAGAUCGGGAUGGUAAGCGAAGAGCGCUCCACAGCAGCUGCCAUCAUUCCCGGUAUGCCACCUCCACCACAGCGCAAGGCAACAGCCGACGAGCCCGUCUCCAUCGCCGCCUCAGCUUACCCACACAUCAUCGAUGCGAUCUUGUCCCAUUCGUCCUCCUGGCUCGCCCUUCGCUUCACCUGCCGCGAGUUCCGCGACCGCGUCGACGCGCUUCUGUAUGCGCACCUGGUGGUCACGGAAUCACGAGCGGGCACAGUGCCAGACGAGAUUGUGCUUCUAGUCUCGCGACCCGAUGGGCGGCUCCUUCCACCUUUGGGCCAUAUGGAUGCCCAUGUGCCUUCAGAUGGCGACUUCUCCAGUGCACUCGCCCACCCUCUUGCCCAGCAGCGUCAAGAGCGACAGAAACGCUGGCAGACCGUGAUGGAGCGAUAUACUCGUGUGGUGGACGUGUUCGAUUUCACGCACCCAGGCUGGGUACCCGACCACCUCUCGAAUGUGCACACGUUGCGCACGCACGUACCACCUUAUGCGUGGGCUCCCAUCCCGUCAGAGAGCUUCCAGGCGCGCGUCCCGGCGUCCACGGCCGUUCUCUUUCCUUCCAGACCAUGGCAGAGCGAGCACGGUACAGAGGGUACCUCGUUCGUCUCGGACCAUACACGCAAGAUUGUCUCCCACGUGCCAUAUCACCCGGACAGGGGGCCCGCGUUCGCCAUCUCUGUCCGACCCCUGGACGGCGUGGACUGGUCGUUGCAGUUGGGCAUCACAGACCUUGUCCUGGUCUUCCAUGACCAGACUCCCGGUACCGCGACGUACAAGAUCGACUGGGCAGUCCCAGCCUCCCCGACAAUAACGGGCGGCGGGUUCACGGGCACGUACCCCACCUCCCCGAGGGGCCGGUGGAUGAGCCUAGUUUGGAACAUUAUCCGUUCAGUGGAGGGCAGGACGCACAUCCCACCACGCGUCACUGUCGUCGACUAUCCAACCGAAGUGGACGUGUUUGGGUUCAGGACUCCUGAGCAGUUCUGCCAGACGAUGAUUGAGAUUAACGAGGAUGACGACGAUGACCCUAUUGCUGGUUUGGCGGAUUUUGCGAGGGGGAUCUCGUUUGUGAGUAGGGCAGAGUAUCAACGUGGGCUUGAGGAGGAGGUCUACAAGUUGGAGAUGGACCCGGCCUUUGUGUAUCGUGCGCCUGGAGUUUUGGAUUAG